CUUUUCCUGUUGUCGGGCUCUGGGUCCGUUAUAAUAUUCCCCUGGAAUAAGAGUAAAGUGAUGGCGCUGUAAUUGAGAAGGAGCUGUGGAUGCUGGAGCCCUGCAGACUCGCUCACUGUUAUAAAGUGUUGGCUAGCUCUCUCCGCCAUGCCGCGCUCGGUGUUUUGGGCUGUAGAUGUGUACGGGAAGGUGUACAGCCUGUGUACCACCAGGGGGCGCUGGCAGCAAUGCACGGAGAAUCAGCUGGAGCUGAAACGCGUAACUGCUGCGGAUAUGUGCUGCUGGGCCAUCGGCUUUGACCAACAGGUUUACCUCAAUGUGAUCCCCAGUGACGUAAUCAUACGUCAUCAGGAGGAAACGUAUGAGAACCAGAGAUGGAACCCAGUAGACGGAUACACGGACACACUCCUGCCCACAGAUCGCUGGCCGUGGACUGACGAGUUUGGCAUGAAACCACAGCCACUGCACAGCUUUGACCUGCCGUCUGACAACUGGGAAUGGGAAGGAGACUGGUACGUGGAUGAUGAAAGCUGCGGCAGAGAGUCCACAUCUACCGGGGGCUGGGAAUAUGCUGUGGACUUCCCUACCACCUUCAGUAAAGAGAAGAAGUGGAACUCGUGUGUCCGGCGCAGACGAUGGCUUCGUUACAGGAGAUAUAAAGCACUUGGGCUAUGGGCCAAGGUGCCUUUAGACAGGGGCCGACCUCCUCCAGAGCCCUUCACUGAUAUUAGCUGUGGAGGCUGGGACAUGGGAGACAGACCAGAGAAACCCAUCUCCCUAUGGGCCGUAUCUCAGCAAGGAACGGUGUGGUUCCGUUCAGGCAUUCAUCAGCAGAAUCCAGAAGGGACAGUCUGGGAAAACAUCCCAAUCCCUGACUCCACUGAAGUGGCUCAGAUAAGCGCUGGUCCAGGAGACCUGCUGUGGGCCGUGCUGUGGGACGGACAGCUUCUCGUCAGGACAGGCAUCCAUAAGAACUGCCCAAAAGGUACAUCAUGGGUGACGGUGGAUCCUCCAAGUAAUACCAAAGCUGCCCAUGUAGCAGUGGGGGUCAGUGUGGUCUGGGCAAUCACCAAGGACAAGAAAGUAUGGUUCAGAAGAGGCGUGGACUCCCACAGUGCCACUGGCCUCAGCUGGAUCAGUGUUGCUGGGGACAUGACGAUGAUCAGUGUGGGGCCCAGUGACCAGGUGUGGGGCAUUGGCAGUGAGGACAGGAGACUUUAUUUCCGCCAUGGCGUGACCCCCACUGAGGUCACAGGACGGGCAUGGGUUCCUGUGUCUGCCCAAGUGGAUAACAGUCAUACCACCAACAAGCCCAGCGAUGUUUGCUUCAUCAGUGCUCAAAUUGCCGCACCUACCCAGGGUUCCGUGUUGGGCUGCGAAGACAAUGCUAACAGUCUCAAAGUCACCAGUGACAGUGUUGUACCAGCCCUGUUGACAGCACACAGCACUCCUUUGCCUGAAACAGAUCAAGAUAAGGGAGAAGAGGCUGGUGUGCCUUGCCAGAAUUCUGAGGUCCAAUGCAGCCAACCAAAAGGCAGCGAGCUGCCAUGGAGUAAUGUGGAUCUGGCGGAGAUGAAAGUUCCCUCAGCCAGUGCGGCAGAGAAAUCUGUGGCUGUGUACCCUAUGGAGCUGGGAGAAACCAUAAAGCAGGAGGAACGGCCACUAUGGGCAUGGAUCACUGCAGGACAAUGUGAGAUAGAUUCCAACACGAACGUCAGCUGGCUGGAGAUGCCAGAUGAAGGGCCUCUGUCUGCCUCCAUCACUCCUGCCCUUAGUGUCUCAGGUGCCCAGGGCCCGAUGGCAGAGAGAACACAGCAAGAGAAUGACAACACCAUGGAGAGGUCUGUCUGUGUGAAAAAAGUGGCGAUGUACUGGUGGAGGGAUUGGCAGCCUCAUCAGUUGGAGGAAGUGUGUGUGACCCUGGAGCAGGUCAGGGGUGGUGGAGCUCCCCAUGAUGACAUCAUCUACCUCUACUAUACACACAACCAGGAAAAGAUGUAUCUGUAUGCUGUGAUGAGGGAAGUCACAGCUCUCGUUCCAGUACAAUGGGAGUCGAUGUACGCUCUGGCUAUCUAUACAGCUGAGAGGACAAGGCAGAGAUGGCCUAUUCUACUAACUACAGAGUCCCAGCAAGACAUGGAGAGCUGGCUGUCUCUGUUGAAUGAGUCUUGUUGUGAGUCCAGAGAUCUCCAGGGCCCUCCAACCAAACAAGCCUUGUGGGCUGUUACCACCAAAGGGGAUAUCAUGGUGCAUGAGCCUUCACCCUGCUUAGAAGCUCCUGCCCAGUAUUUACCCUGUGAACAGAUGUUCUGGCGUCAGGUCCCUGGCCACCUGCUUUCGGUGGAGUCUAACAGUGUGGGUGUGGUUUGGGGCAUCGGCUAUGAUCACACCGCCUGGGUCUACACAAUCGGCCAUGGUGAAAACCAAGCACAGGAUAACAAAGCGGAUCAGCGAACACUGACUGAUAUCAGGAACGUUUACAUCUAUGAGAACCAGCGCUGGAACCCUGUCACAGGAUACACAAAUAAGGGUCUGCCUACGGACCGCUACAUGUGGAGUGAUGUCCUUGGACUGAAGGAGUGUACCAAGGAAAGCACCAAACCCCCCUCCCCAGAGUGGAAAUGGGUGACAGACUGGGUUAUUGACUAUAGCACUCCAGGAGGGACAGAUAAAGAAGGCUGGCAAUAUGCUGCAGAUUUCCCAGUGACAUUUCAUGGUUAUAAGACCAUGAAGGACUUUGUUAGAAGAAGGCGUUGGGUCAGAAAAUGUAAAAUUACUAUAACUGGAUCCUGGCAGAAAGUCCCACCCAUCCCUCUUAUUGAUGUCACCAUCCUGCCAUGUCUGGCCCAGACCAGCUUAGAGCAGGUUCCCGUGUGGGCCAUCAGUGAGAAAGGAGACGUCCUGUGCCGUCUGGGAGUCACUGCAGAGAACCCAGCUGGCAGCUCCUGGCUCCAUGUGGGGACAGAUCAGCCCUUUAAGUCCAUAUCCAUUGGAGGAGGACACCAGGUGUGGGCAAUCGCACGGGACGGAGCAGUCUUCUACCGUGGCUCAGUUUCAGCCCAAAACCCUGCAGGUGAAUGCUGGUACCAUAUCCCCUCUCCUAACAGGCAGACUCUCAAACAGGUGUCUGUGGGCAGGACCUCUGUAUUUGCUGUUGAUGAAACCGGUAAUCUAUGGUAUAGGCAGGGGCUGACCCCUAGUUAUCCUCAAGGUUCUGCAUGGGAGCUCAUCUGUGGUAAUGUGUGCAAAGUCUCAAUUGGACCACUGGACCAGAUUUGGAUAAUCGCAGAUAAGGUUCCAGGUCUUCCAACAGAGAGACCUGGCACUAUAUGCCACAGGCUGGGAGUGCGGCCCAUGCAGCCUAAAGGCUUAUCAUGGGACUUUGGAAUUGGCGGAGGUUGGGAACACCUGUCAGUCAGAGGAAACUCCACCGAGCCCCAGCGCAUCGUCCCUCCCAGCCCUCAGAUCAGCAGGAAUCAGGAGCAGGUGAAUACCAGUGCUGCAGGGUAUUAGACUCCUCACUAACCACUACUACUGCACUCACUCACACAGUCUCUCUCAGGCCUUUUCUGCUUCUGUGUUUGGAUGUCUAUGUUUUGUGUGUGUGUGUGUGUGUGUGUAAAACAAGGCUUCACCUUUUAACAUA